CCCCCCCCCCCCCACCACCCAUCCCGCGUCGUUUUUAGUCCUUUUUUUUUCUCCUACUCUCCUUUUUUACACACAGCACCGCACAGCACAGCACAGCUACCCCUCGUCCCGGAAAUACCAUGGCCUCGCGAAUCCUAUCCCACGGCGCCCGCGCCCUGUCGAGAACUGCCGCGCCGACGGCCCGCGCCUUCAACACGUCUGCUGCGCGGCUGAAUGCCGUUGCUGCGGGUGUUGCGCCGCCGCUGCCUGCUAGGAGGCCUGUGGGUGCGCUGAGGGGAGGGCUCUUCGGCUUCUUCCUCGGCAGCUCGCUCGCCGCCGGCGGCGUCUACUACUACGCCAUCCAGGAGUACAAGGCCUCGAAUGAGCUGCUGACCGAGGACAUUUACGCCCUUCAAGACACAGUUGAGCGGUUGAGCAAGUACCUGACGACGCUCGAGGAGAAGAUGGAGGCGAUGGAGAGGAAGCGAUGAGUUAUGACUGUGAUGGAUGGGAUGGGGCGGCCUUGGGAUCUUUGGGAAUAGGCGUGGAUAUGGGGUUUAAUGGGAGUUAUAUGCUGUUUUUGGGAGAGCAUGUUGUUGAUGUGGGAGCAUCAGAAAAGGGUGUCGCGUGCCCAUCACAUUGCGUCCGUAGUUUCCUUGACCAAUAUCGAGAUCUCAACA